GUCUCCCGUCUCACCGGCUGGGGAACGCCUCCCCCGCCGGCCGUGCUCACCGACUACUUGCACCCCGCGCCGCCCGCCAACGCGUCCGUCCGCGCCAACGCGACCCUGCUCAUGCUCGCGCGCAACGCGGACACGGAGUCGGCCGUCCGGUCUGUGCGCGAGCUGGAGCAGUCGUUCAACCAGCGCUUCAACUAUCCCUGGGUCUUCCUCAAUGACGACGAGUUUUCCGACGACUUCAAGACGCGCAUCUCAAAUGUCGUCUCCGGCCCCGUCUCCUUCGGCCGCGUCCCCCGCGAGCACUGGGUCCAGCCCGCUUCCAUAGACGAGGACCGCGCGCGUGCAGGCCGCGAAAAGAUGGAAAAGGACGGGAUCAUCUACGGUGUGUCAGCAAACGAUUCUGCCCGGGCGCCGCACGCCCGAGCGUCCACACACGGCCCUGUCCCGCGCGCGGCUGCGGCACGACGCGGUCUGCGCAGCGGGGCGCACACCCCGCACGUCGUGCCGUCUGCGCCGUCUGUCCUGCGCCGGGUGUGCGCGCAGACUGAUCCUCAUCCUGCGCGAUCCCGGUCGGCGCGGGCGUGCGGCCUCCGCCGGAAGGGCACAACACUAGAAUCCUGCCUGCGCGGACGCGUGCACAGUGCCGACCGUGCACGCGUUGUGCCUCAAGUGAACGCGCGACAAAUGCGCGAUCUGUCCGUACCGCCGUAUCGGCCCCUGGUCGCGGACAGUCACGCAGCUGACUCCCGACUGCCGGGAUCCAUCGCCCGCGCACAUUCUUCUCCCGCCCGUGCGACGACCGUCUCUGUGCACGCCCGCCUCAGGCCCGUGGUCUGUCUGUCCACGCGCCGCACACCGCGCUCCAUUCAGCCAAACGCGUCGCGACCAGAAUUUGCCGGAGCUGGACUUCCUGCCGCCAUCACACUCAGAUGGGCGCCGCGCAAGUCGUCAGCCGUGCCCAACGCGCAAGUCGACGGGGCGGAGGCGGCUGCGGUAGAGGCGUGCGCUCCCGGCCGCAGGCGUCCCCACCAGCCAUCCCGCAUCACCCGCCCAUGUUCCGCACGCCCCGCGCCCACCUUGCGGCCGUCCUCCCUCCGCGGCGCGUCGUCCGCAUCGUCGCAGCGCGACGACUUGACCAGGCGCUGCGACGACUUGACCAAGCGCGUUCGCCGGGACGUGCAGACGGCGAGACGCAAACGCCUGCAGACUGCACAUCGCGGUGGUCAGCCUCUCCAUCCAGACAUCAAUGCCCACCACUCACCGGUCGACACGGACGCAGGACGCGACGCUCGGCCGGCCGGCCUCUGCCCAACUGCCGCAGUGGUCCCUCGCGCUCCUGCACCAGCCGUCACCUGGACCGUCCUGCGCGAUCGGUUGAUGCACACUGCGCAAGGGAGUGGUGUGCGGCGCACCUGUCAUGGCGUGCACGGCACCCAACACGAUAUGGCCGGGACGGGCGAGCGAGACAGCGGCCGGGGCACAGUUACCGCGUCGCUAGAUGGUAACUACGCGUCCCGAAACCAUGACGGCCACUCCCCGCGUCCCCAGGCCCGAAUACAUCUUUCAGUAGCUACUGCUGUCGACCAAGACUCGCUCGCAGUAGCAAUCAAACAGAGCGGGAGGUCAGAGACCGGUUGCACCAGACGAGAGUGUAGCGCAAGCGAGGCGGUAGCAUACGUACGUACACCGGGCAACCGGGCGCCGUGCGCGCUAUUGCCGUACGCAAUGGACGGCGGGCGGACUGAGAACAUGGCGAAGUGCCCCGCGGCGCGCGCGACGACCGCGGACGUUGCAAAGGAGGAGUGGGUUGUGUGCGUGACAAGCGUCGCCGCAGCUGGGGCGUGCGGCUGCUGGAGGGUGUCGAGUGCAGCGCGUUUGGUCUGGGUGACAGCCAUUACUGGCCCGCGCGUGCAGGACGCGCACUACUACAUCCGGGACGAGCGUGUUGCGCAGGGCGUCAGGCCCGCGCAUGCCGGACGGCGCGUGCAAGCCCGAGCAGUGGCUCCUGAUGAGACCCGGUCGGGGAUGACCACGACAGCGGGACUUUCAAGAUCACGCCGUGCCAGACGUUCCGGCACCACGGCGCCAUCCAGGGCCGCCUCAAGUCUCAAGUCUGCCACUCAGGAUCGUCGACAGAGCGCUCCUGGGAGAUGUGCACCGCCCUGUCUCAGCCCUACAAGCCCAGGACCUGCAGCCCGCACGCGCGCACGCAUCUGCACCCCCACUCUGUCCACGAUACCUGCGCCCGUGCCCACAUCCGCAAUCUUCCAACCCAAUCACACCCUAACGCACCCACUCGCCUAUCCUCCCGCAACACCCACGCCCGAGCUACGCGCAUCUCCGCCGGAGCGCUCGCCCAGGCUUCUCGCGCGUCGCCGCGACGCCUUCCACCACCGAAUGGGACAGCUCGGGCAGCACACAGCACACACGCCGGCGCCGCCCAACGCGCAGGAUGUGACUCCCCGGGCGCCGCACGCCCGAGCGUCCACACACGGCCCUGUCCCGCGCGCGGCUGCGGCACGAUGCGGUCUGCGCAGCGGGGCGCACACCCCGCACGUUGUGCCGUCUGCGCCGUCUGUCCUGCACCAGCGAGGAGGAUCCACCGGCCGCAAAUGGCGUGCGUUUCGCAUGUGCAAAGUGGACGGUCCCCCCAGCGACCUGCCCGCGAGGCCGGGGCCGCUCCCGGGAGAAAAAACAUUCGAAGCCCACUACGACAUUCGCGUGUGCUGCUACCGGUCGCCAUGCCCGCCCGCGCGUGCAAUGUCAGCAGGUGAUCCCAACGGUUGGCCAGUCUGCGCGAUAGGUGGCGUGCGAGCUUGCAAGCUCGCCCUCGCCCUCUACGAUACUGGCACACAGCCCGCGAAUCCGCACGCGUGCGAGCAAGACGGUGCCACGGCUAUCAGCAGCGCGUGUCGAAUCACCUGCGGGAAGCGAUAUUGCACCAGGGGCGCACCGGAAUCACCUUAG